GUGACCCAUACAGGGGUACCAAUGCAAAGUAGAGCUGCAAAUUUAGGUAGAAUAUUGUUUGCACUCAACUUAAGUCAUACAAAAAUUAUGAAUAAUGUCUUGGCGACAAAGUCUGGGGUUGUAAAUUUCGACUGCACGACAACGUGCAAACUUGUAGCAGGUUUCACGACCUCGCGAGGAGAUUCCAGAACAGAGCAGAAGCUAGCAACUGUUAGGUUAAUAGCCGUUAAGCUACAUCCACUAGCAAGGAGCCAGAUACAGUUAGACACUAGAUUCACUGCAUGAACCCGGGGAUCCUUAUUUGGGACUUGUUGAAGACCUGUCCCUGUGCUUGUAGUUCCCCUGUAGCUUACGAACACUCGACACAAAACUGAAGUUGCUUGAGUACAGUGAAGUUGCAUGGCAUAAUCAUCUAGUUUAAGAGCUAGCUAGCACAGCCGUACAGCCUGCCUUCCGCCGACGUGCACUUCCCCCACUCUCCUCACAGCCGGCUAGCCGCAACAUUAGUCCGCUACAUAAAAUGAAGCGACCAUCAGCAUAUCGGGAAGCUGUGUGGCCCAUUGGAUUUUGCUGAUGUAUGAGGAGACGUUAUUGCUUUUUUGAGAUCUCUGUCAAGGAGGUCAAAAUCAGUAAGGGGUAUGGACGAGCAGAAAUCAAACUGCGAGGAGAAUGACUCUGAACCAACAGCUGAUGACAAUGCCCCUUCAAAGCAGAUUGUCUCCUCUGAGGAGGAGUCCAAAGCCCUUUCUGCUGCUGAGGAUGUGUCAGGUGCUACUGCAGCCUCUUCCAGUCCACCAGUAGAGAGCAUACGUUCCUGUGCGCUUUGUAACUGUGUGGAGCGGAGCCUGCAUGGACAGAGAGAACUGAGACACUUUGGGCCAUCUUCUGAGCAGCAGAUCCUCAAGCCAUCAACUUCCCGACUGCCACAGCCUGGGAAUGAUGACCUGUCUUCCAUAGGAUUUUCUCACUCCCCUUGUUUGGCAGCACUCUUUGAUGACUCAGGGGGUUGUUGGGCUCAUCACUGGUGUGCAACAUGGUCGGAAGGAGUGACGCGGCUGGAGAAUGAGGAGCUGGAGAACGUGGAUAAGGCCGUUAUCUCAGGGACACAGCAGCUCUGCGAAUACUGCAAAAGACUGGGUGCAACCAUUCGAUGCCAUGCCGAGGGCUGCUCACGGUUUUACCACUUCCCCUGCUCAGCAGCCAGUGGAUCCUUCCAGUCGAUGAAGCAGUUGGUCCUCCUUUGUCCAGAGCACAUAGAUAAGGCAGAGGAGUUAGCAGGUGAAGAGUCUUGGUGUGCAGUUUGCGACUCUGCAGGGGAGCUCACAGACUUGCUGUUUUGUACGGGUUGUGGCUUACAUUAUCAUGCAGCCUGUCUGGAGAUUGGUGCCACACCCAUCCAGCGGGCGGGAUGGCAGUGUCCAGAGUGUAAAGUGUGCCAGACUUGCAGACAACCAGGAGAGGACUCCAAAAUGUUGGUUUGCGACGCCUGCGAUAAGGGCUACCACACCUUCUGUCUCCAGCCGGCCAUGGAUUCUCUUCCCUCUGACUUAUGGAAAUGCAGAAGAUGUCGUGUAUGCACGGAGUGUGGGGUUCGUGGACUCGUGCUACCAGGUUCAGCCCAAUGGUUUGACAAUUAUGCUGUAUGUGAGGCCUGCCAGCGUCACCGCAUCACUAUAUGUGGUGUGUGCAGUAAAGACGCCAACCCAUCUGUCACUCUGCAGUGCUGCAGCAUUUGCCACAGGUGGAUGCACAGUGAGUGUGCUUUACCAGGGGGACAUCCAGAAGCAAAGCUCAUUUGCCUGCUUUGUAAAGAGGAUCAGCAGCAGCCUGUCACUCAACCAUACACAGCAGAGAUACAAACCAGAGAGGCAUCUGAAGAGACUGUGGGACACGUGGAUUUGGUGGAGAUGACAAUCCAAACUGAUGCAGACAUGGUGACAGAAGAGCACACAGUCUUAUCACACACAAAAGGACAGAGAGGCACGUCAGAGCUGGACCCAGGUGAAGACAAGACUGACUCACCCAUGGAUCUGGGUACAGAGGCUGCACAUGUUGAGACAACAGAUGUUGGGAGGAAAAUCACGGAGAAAGAGCUGAAGGUAGCAACCAAAGAAUUAACUUCUGAGGUGCUCGCUGCUACAAAAGAGUCAAAAGCAGAACAGGGGACCUCUUCUUUACCUGAUAAAGAGAGGGCAGAGGAUGCAGUCAGCCAUGUCUCCCAAGCAACCCCCUCCCAGAAGACUCCAGGAGAGACGCACUCUAUCAACCCAAAAGAACGAACAUCUGUGCCACAGGAGGGCCCUCAAAGUAUGGAGGUGGAAAAAGAGGAGAAGCAGGGGGUUAUUUCCUCUGCAAAGCAUGAAGCAUUAUUAAAAAGUGGCUCUGAUGGCAUGUAUGUCACAGAAACAUCUAGUAAGGAUCGACCAAAGUUACCAGCUCAUCCUGCUUUUGUGGAAAAAAGCCAGCAGGAAAGAAGUCUGUGCCCCAACCCCUGUUCUCCUCCUCCUCCUUUAUCAGUAGACACUCGAGAGGCUCUCUCUGUGGUGGACAUGGAGCGGAGGUCACUACCUCACUCUGAGGAGGAGGAGGAGGAAGAGGAUGAUGAUGAGAUGAUGAAAGAAGGACAGAACGAGGACAUAAAGCAGGAACUGCGGGAGCAAGACACCAAGCCAGAAUUAUUGCUAGAUGAGAUGUCCAACAUGAGCCACGGAGAUGAGAGCAGCAGCGGCUUUCUGGGGUCUCCGGGAGAACCCGAUCCUCAGCUCUCAAUGGAACUUGGCCUUGUUCCUGCUGGCCGCUCGCACACAGACAACCUGCUCACUGAGACUGAUGACUCACUUCCCUUUGAACCCCUCAGAAGCGACAGAGAAAAGGUGAAACGCAGAGGAUCGCCAGGGCGUUCACGUGUCAAACAGGGGCGAAGCAAUAGUUUUCCAGGGAAGCGCAGACCUCGAGGGGGAGGUGGAGGCAGAGGCCGUGGUGGAAGGUCACGCCUUAAAGCCAUGGCUUCCUGCAUUGAUGCAUUUUUGCUAAGCAUGACCUCAGACACUGGACUAAGCAAGGAGGAGGAGGAUGAGGAAGAUGACACCAUGCAGAACACAGUGGUUCUUUUCUCAAAUACUGAUAAAUUUGUCCUGCUACAGGAUAUGUGUGUUGUAUGUGGCAGUUUUGGAAAAGGUGUGGAAGGCCAGUUAUUGGCUUGUGCACAGUGUGCUCAGUGUUAUCAUCCUUACUGUGUGAACAGCAAAAUAACCAAGACGAUGCUUCGUAAGGGCUGGCGCUGUUUGGAAUGUAUCGUGUGUGAAAUCUGUGGGAAGGCUUCGGACCCCUCCCGCUUGCUGCUGUGUGAUGAUUGCGAUGUCAGCUAUCACACCUACUGCUUGGACCCACCCCUGCACAAUGUUCCCAAGGGUGGUUGGAAGUGCAAAUGGUGCGUGUGCUGCGUGCAGUGUGGUUCCAACACACCAGGGUUCCACUGUGAGUGGCAGAACAACUAUACCCACUGUGGCCCCUGUGCCAGCCUUGUCACUUGUCCUGUAUGCAGGGAGAACUUCAUGGAGGAGGAGCUGCUGCUGCAGUGUCAGUACUGUGAUCGAUGGGUCCAUGCUGUCUGUGAAAGUCUGUACACAGAGGAUGAAGUGGAACAAGCUUCUGAUGAGGGCUUCGCAUGCACAUCCUGCACCCCAUAUGUUCCAAAACCCGUGGUAGUAGAGUCAGCUAUUAUGGCUUCAAUAAAGAUAAAAGAGCCAGAACCCCAGUUCUACCGGUUGGAGGGUGUGUGGCUGACAGAGUCGGGCAUGUCCCUGCUUCGGAGCAUCUCCAUGUCACCCCUACACAAGAGACGGCAGCGUCGCUCUCGUCUUGGCACUCUGUGCUGCGAUGGAGGUCCUGAUGGAAUAGAUCUGAGGGAGGUGGAAGGAGAAGGGGAGGACGGGAAAGAUCACUCUGUAUGUGUAGGCUGUGGGGAGCCCAUGGAAUGUGAAACCAAGACAGAGAACCCUGGGAGUCCGGACAGAGAGGGUGCUGAGAGGGACCUAGGUGCAGAGGGGACAGAAGGGAUGGCUGACUGCGAUGGUAUCAAAGGAGGGGCAGAGGAGACGGAGGAUAGCAAAAAGAGGAAGCGGAAACCUUACAGACCAGGCAUCGGGGGCUUCAUGGUGCGCCAAAGGAAGUGUCAUACACGAAUGAAGAAAGAGUUUUUCGCCCAGCUGGCUGGAGAGACAACAUUAGAUGGACAGCCAAUUGAGAGAACCAUUGAUGAAGGACCCCACCCUGACACAGAUAAUAUCAUGGAUCCUAAACCAGCAGAAGGAGAGGAACAGGCCAAGAAACGUCGGGGCCGGAAGAGGAGCAAACUAGAGGACAUGUUUCCAGCAUACCUCCAGGAGGCUUUCUUUGGGAAGACACUAAUAGACUUGAGUAAGAAAGCUUUGAUGGUACCCCAGGGGCAGAGGCCAGGCUCAUGCCUUGUUCGACCGUCCUUACCAGCACCGCCAGGGGUCAGAAUGACUGCCCCAGAGACUGAGGCCAAGGACCAUGUGAUGAAAGAUUUUCCUCUCAAGCAAGAGGGGGGCGAGGCCCUCCAGGCUCAGGGAGGAGGAGGAGUUUCUGCACCAUCUUCAUCACUGAAGGACCAGACAUCAGCUGAUCCUCAUGACUCCGUUGCAGAAAAAAGUGAAGGUCUUCCGCAAGGGGUGGAAAGUCAGGACUCAGAGCAGUUCUUCAAGAAGGUUCUGGGAGUGUCAGAUGGCUCGUCUUUGGGUGGCAUGAAGCCCAUCUUGGAGGGCAGUAAGGGAGAACUCAAUCGUAGUGCUCUGCCACAGAGAGCUCUCCUCUCAGGGUCCCUGCCCUCAGCUGGAAUGAUGGAUGCCUUUCCUGGCCUCUCUCAGUCACCAUUCUUUGACAUGCGGGAUCGAGGAGGACUGUUCAGUCCAGAUGGGGGUGAGGAGAGUCCCUGGGCCACUCCCUCCACCCCUGCAACCCCAUCCUCCCCACCAACCCCAACUGAGGUAGAGGGUGAUGGGCUGUCCUACAACCAGCGCAGUCUCCAGCGCUGGGAAAAGGAUGAGGAGCUUGGGGAACUCUCAACCAUUUCCCCCGUGCUUUAUGCCAAUACCAACUUUCCAACCCUUAAACAGGACUACCCAGACUGGGCAAGUCGCUGUAAGCAAAUCAUGAAGAUCUGGAGGAAGGUGUCAGCUGCUGAUAAGGUUCCAUAUCUGCAAAAGGCCAAAGAUAACCGGGCUGCUCAGAGAAUAAAUAAAGCACAGAAGCAGGCGGAAAGUCAGGUGUGCAGGCCAGUCAAAUUAGAGGCUGGGCGUGUGAAAGGAGAGCGACCCAGUUUACACCUCCAGAUUCCUCCACCUUCAGGCUCUGCAUCCAUCUCUUCCCAGCCCAGCUCUGCAGAAAGUCCCUACCCCUUCCCACCAGAUUCAGGAUCAUCCUCCGUCUUUUUCUCAGAUGGGCCCAUGAAGACUCCAGGGUCAGCUGAAAUCAGGACAGAUCCCUUGGCCAAAAUGCCUCCUCAGUCACCCCACUGUCACUCCCAUCCAACCACCCCAUUCUCCCAUGCAGGGGCCAGCCCCUUGCAAGCCUCUUCCUCAGGUUAUUCUGCUUCCGGCCCACAGGGUCCUCCUCAGGGACGGCCAGCCAGUCUUGGCCCCUUUGACAUGCAACCAGGAACUCCUGGAACUCCCAGACGGGCUCAGCAGGUUGACCCCUAUUUUAGAUCACAGCUGCAGCAGCAGAGUCAUCUACAACAAUCACAGCAGGGCUCUCAGGAGUCCCUUGGACCUCCAGAAAGCCCUCAUUCAAGAGGUGCAGGACUUGGAGAGUCUCCUAUUUUCUCGCCAUCCCACAAUACUCACUAUGGAGACUCAUUUAGAAACCAGCAAGGGAUGGUUCGGCCAGAUUACAGUUCACCACUGUCACCAUCUGCAGUGGCUUCCUCGCCUGCCGGCCCAGGGCAGUACAGGGCUGAUAUGAGUGCACCUUCUCCCCGUGCCUCCUCAGUUGGAAGACCUGACCUAUCCACUGGCUCCCCUGCUGGGAUGCUGGAGUCUGGGGAUGGUUUAUUCAAGGCACCUAUGACACCAAGAAUGCAUCAAGGGGAGGGUGGGGCACUCCAUCCUGGAGCUUCCCCUAGCCACCCAUCUGAAGGCUACAGGCAGUCUCCCUCCCACCCUUUCUCUGAUCCACACUCUCAGCCAUCAUUAACUCCCAGACCGCAGUCAGGCGAUAAUUGUUCCCUUGGACCUCAGAGACACCCUGGAGGUCAACAGGAGCUAUGUUCGAGAGUGCCCUCCAGCCCCCAGUCCCAGGGCAGCUCUCAGUCUCCUCACACUCCUGGGGGCAUCUCUAAUGAUGGCUAUUCUGUCCAGUCUCCUGCGACCCCUCGUUUUCAAUCCCCAGACCCUUGUUCUCAGCCACCUUCACGGCCACAAUCUGGAGACCCUUUUGCCACUCUCCACAAACCCUCUCGUCCUUCCUCUGCUGCCUCAGAGGGAAGUGCAAGUUACAAAAGCUCACCUCACCCCAACCAACCACCUCCACCCCAUCCCACCAACACCUCCAUGGGGGAUCCUCUCUCUGGUAAACCAUCUGCACCUCCUACUUUUAGCCGCAGCCCCAGCACAGGAGGCUUCCAGAUGACCCAACAACGGAAUCAGAUGUUACCGGGUCAGCUUCAGCAAAAUCAGCAGACUGUGGGGGCAGACGGCCUCAGCGCCAGGGGGCCAUCUUCCUCUGGAUCUCAAGAACUACAAGCUGUGCGUCCUCCAGACAUACCUCAUCAGCCAGCUUUGCCAGGUGCUCAAGAAAUGUCUGAAAUUUCAACUGGGCAAGAUCCUGCAUUAGUAGGCCUUAGCCCCUCUGAGUUGGAGAAACAUAGACAGCGCCAGAGACUGAGGGAAUUCUUAAUCAGGCAGCAAAUGCAAAGAAAUUCCAUUAGACAAGAGAAGGAGGCCACUGCUGCUGCUGGUAGUGCAUCCCCUGGCUGGGCUGGAGGGGAGGUGGGAGCUUUUCAACAAGACAAGGCCCACAGAGCACCACCACCAUAUCCUCAGGAUCGUGCAGCUGCUACUUCUUCUGGAGCUCAGGCUUCGGUGGCAGGAAAGAUUCCAAUGCCUGUUGGAAACGGGGAAGACAAACUAAUUCGCCCACCACCUACAGGAACCCCUGCCAUCAUGGAUCCCAGUGUACAAAGGCCACCUGGGCCAAUGCGACCUCAAGGCAUGUUUCCCCGUCCACCGUUCCAUCAGCAGUGGCAAGGUCAGGCUCCAGGUCCACAGAGGUUUCCCCAGCCUGGCAUGGAGGCUAUGGGCAUAAGGCACAACUUAAAUCCUGCUGUAAACAUCCCAGGUAUGGAGGGCAUGGGUAACCCAAACAUCAUACCAGGACAUGGAGGAGAGACUAUGCAGCCAAUGGGUCAGGGGCCCCCACCACAGUUCAUUGAAUUAAGACACAACUCACAGAGGCUACCCCUUCGACCCCAGUUCAUGCCUCGUGGACCCCAGCCUAGACCUCGUCUUUUUGUCCCGCAGCAAGAGAUGUCAGCGCCAUUUAUUCAACAACAUCCCAUAGCUCAAACUGACGGCAUUCAAACAGAAACGGGCAGCAGCUCACAGUUGAGGUUACAACAAGGUGGACUUUCAACUCUAAUGCCUCAGCAACCAGCAGGACCAGUAACACAACAGUCCCAACUACCUCCCCAGACAGCCACUUCAGCUCCAAACAUCCCUGGCAGUGAGCAGCAUGAGCCGUCAAAAACAAGUGUAGCUCAAGGGCCACGACCUGCCACGAUAGGAAACAGUGAGGAGCUGCCGGAGCCUGACCUUGAAGGGCUUGGGGACGCCCCUGGAGAUGGAGGUGUGGAAGAUGAGGAUGAUUUGGCUCUAGAUUUGGACCCAGACAAAGGGGAUGAUGACUUGGGUAACCUGGACAACUUAGAGACCAAUGAUCCACAUCUGGAUGACUUGCUUAACAGUGAUGAGUUUGACCUUUUGGCUUACACUGAUCCUGAGCUCGACCAAGGAGACCCAAAAGAUGUCUUCUCAGAUCAGUUGCGGUUGGUGGAGGCAGAGAGUGAGGCGCCUUCAUCUUCCUCUGGGUCUGUUCCUGUUAAAGUGGAGAAGAAAACCAAGACAGAGCCAGGACAGAAGUCCAUCACAACACCCCCUGCCACUACAGGGGGUGCUUCAGAGCAACUGCCAUCUUCUUCAGAAAUUGCUGAUGCUUCCAAGGUCAAAGCAGAGAACAGAGGUCUGACCCCUCAGCAGCAGCAGCCAGGACACCAACAGCCUGUGGUGAAAGAUGAAUUAGGGGAGGCUGUGUCGAUGCUUCUUGGUGGGGACACACCAUCAGCCAAGCCUGCUCAGACAGAAAACCAACCAGCUUCGCUAAGUUCAGUUAGACUAGGUGGACUCCAAUAUCCACUGCCGGGUCAAACUGAUACGCUGCCUUUUCCUUCGGCUGCUCCACAUGCAGAUAUUGGCGAUGAUCCACUUGGGCUCCCUGAUGUAGGUGGACAGCACUCUCCUGCUGUAGAUUUAGCAAAGGUAGAGAGCUCUUUAGAAGGUGAACUGCCUCUACUGAUUCAGGAUUUGUUAGAGCAUGAGAAGAAGGAACAACAGAAGCAGCAACAGCAGCAACAGCUCAGUUCCCUUCACCAAGUAGGCAUGGCGCCUCAUUUUCCGGGCCUCCCAAAUCAACAGCAAAACCCACAAGCCCCUGGGCAGAUUAUGCUGCCACAACACCAUCGACCACAACAUCAAGGAAUGAUGGCUCAGCCUGGAAUGGGACCUCGUGCACCACACAUGCUACAACAGCAGCAGCAAAGGCUCAUGGGAAGUGGAAUGGCACCGCCUCAUAUGACUAUGGCCCAGCAGCAAGCCAUGAUGAGAAUGGGGCAGCCAGGGAUCCAUGCGGGUCUUGGUCAUCAACAGCAGCCGCAGCAAGUGGUGAAACAAUCUCCUCUGGCCAAUAACUUCUUCCCGGAUAAAGAUUUAGACAAAUUUGCUACUGAUGACAUUAUGGAUCCCAUUGCCAAAGCAAAGAUGGUUGCACUCAAGGGUAUCAAGAGAGUGUUGGCACAGGAUCCAAUGGUUGUUCCCCCUGGCAUUAACAGGCAACAAGUAUCUCUGCUUGCACAGAGGCUCGCUUCUGCACCGGGCGCAGAUCCUUCUCAGCUUUCAUCCGGACCACCAAAGGAGGGAGAAACAAGUGAUCCCACCCAGUCAAGACCCAACCCUCCCCAGUUUGUGCAAGGAAUCAUCAAUGAUGCAGAACAGCACCAAUAUGAGGAAUGGCUUCUCCAUACUCAACAGUUACUCCAAAUGCAGCUGAAGUUUUUGGAGGAGCAGAUUGGUGUUCAUCGCAAAUCUCGCAAGGCCCUGUGUGCCAAGCAACGUACUGCAAAGAAAGCUGGAAGGGAAUUUGCAGAGGCAGAUGCAGAAAAGCUAAAGUUAGUCACAGAGGAACAGAGCAAAAUUCAGAAACAGCUUGACCAGGUACGCAAGCAGCAGAAGGAGCACACAAAUCUAAUUGCAGAAUACAGAAGCAAGCAACAGCAGCAUCAACAAGGCUCAGGUCUUCUUGCCCCAGGUGCACAGGGUCCAGCCCCACACAUGUUUCCCAAGAUGCCUGGUCAGAUGGUGAUGGGUCAGCAGGGAGCACCAGUAAUGGGCCAGCACCCUGGCAUGAUGCCCCAAGGUGGAAUGCCAGUCAGAAUGCCACAAGGGCAGCCCUUCAUGGGUGGGGCCCAGCCACAGCAUCCUGGUCCUCACAGAGCUAGUGGUGUAAGGCCUCCAGGUCCCCCUGGUGCUCCUGCAGGAUUUUUCCCCCAGGGACCUGGAAUGCAAGGUGCAGACCCAAGACUUCUUCAAGAGAGACAGCUUCAACAUAGGAUGCAGAUGGCAAAGCAACAGCAACAGGCGAUAAUGGGCCAGCAACCAAUGCAACACCCAAAUCAACAGCCUGGUUUAAUCCCUCCUCCACAAUCCGGUAUGAUGGUGAAUCCACUAAUGGCCCAACAACAAGCGAAUCCUCAACAGGUAAUGCUGGCCAACCAGGCCAAUCAGCAGGGCAUAGUGCAGGUUCCUCAAGGAAUGGUUGGAAGCCAGCCUGGGACUCCAAUGCCACCAAACCUUCCCACAGGACAGCCUAUGAACCAUGCUCAGGGCAUGAUGGAAGCUCAACCAGGGAUUAUGGGGAACCAUCCUGGUGUACCACAGCAACAGAGACCCCAGAUGAUGAUGGGACAGCAGGGAAUGGUAGGUUCUCCAGGUCAUCCGGGCAUCAGGAGUCCUCAGGCCCAACUGACUCCCCAACAACAGAACAUUCUGGCCCAACGCAUGCUUGCAUCUCAGCAGCAGCAGCAAAAUGUUGCAAAAAAUAUUGCCCAUCUUCAGCAGCAGCAGAUGGCACAACAAAGACAACCAAUGCAGUUGAUGAGCCAGUCUAGCCAAGAGCAAGGAGGGCAUUCCAAACCCUCAACCCCGCAGAUGGGCUCUUCCCCUUCAGCUGGAAGUACCACGCCCCAACCACAUGGAGCUUCAGACAGCCAAAACUCAGGCCCCAAAGAGUGUGGGAUUCUCAGCCCUGAUUCCAGAACACCACCGCAGCAGUCUGGGCCAUCCACUCCUAAUCAGAAUUCCCAAAUAGGCUCUACAAAUGAUCAACAGCAGCAACAACAAAACCAGGCUUUUAUAGGCCAGCAGCAACAAAUUCCUCAGCCUGGACCUGAGCAACAGUCAGGUAUAGCUGGAAACCAACAAAGUGGUGUUCUUCAGCAACAGCAGCAACAAAUUCCACUCAUUCUCCAGAGACAACCUUCCAUGGGUGUGGACAAGCCUGGUCCAAUGACUGUUAAAGAGGAAGGAAAACCAGCAGAUUUCUUAGCUCAGCAACAACAACAGCAAACAGUUCAAAAUGCAUUGCAGCAAUCACAAGAUCCCAGCAUACAGCAGCAGGUCCCAGGCCAUCCUGGACAGCAACAGCCUGUAAUGAUGGGCCCCAGUCAACAACAGCAAGCUCUCAUGGCACAGCAGCAAAAACAGCAGGCCAUGAUGGGUAUGAUGAGAGCCCAGCAGCAAGGGAUGAUGGCACAAAGGCCUGGACUUCCACCUGGACAGAUCCGCACCCCUAUAAACAUCCAGGCGAUUAUUGCUCAAAACCCUCAACUCCGUAAUCUUCCCCCAAACCAGCAGAUACAGCAUAUCCAGGCCAUGAUUGCCCAGCGCCAGCUCCAACAGGGGCAGAUGCUCCGGAUGUCAAUGGGUCAAGGCCAGCAAAAUCAGUUACGGCCUCACAUGCCACCAGGACAGGUGCCACAGGUUGGGCAGCAGAUGCCAAGGUUGGAAGGCCAACAGAUGCCAUAUGGAGCAAUGGGCAAGCCGGGAGCAAUGGGCCCUCAGCAACAGUCAGCCAUGAUGGGCCAGCACCCUGGUUCUGCUCCUCAGAUGCAGCACGGGAUGAUGGUUCCUGGCCAGCCACAAGGAGGGGAGAUGAUGCAACGUAUGAUAAGAGGUCAGGUAUCAGUACCACCCUCCCCCGUGGACCAAGGCCGGAUGAUAAGGCCAACAUCUCCUCGUCAGCCAUUGACCAACUCUCCUGGGGAUCCACAAAAGCAUGCAUUUAAUCAAGCAAUGGGUAUGCGUCCGCCCACUCCCAACCAGAACCAUCAAGCACUAAUGGCUGCUGCAGCUGGUCGCAUGCAGGGCUCUCCAUCUCGUGCAUAUUCGCCAAGAGGUCCAUUUGGCAUGAGCCCAGCCCACCCAGCGUCACCCCUCUCUUCUCAUGUCUCUUCACCUGUUGCUGACAGCAGGGCAGGCAGAGGGAGUCCAUACAGCCAAGUCAGGGCAUCCCCACUCAGGUCUCCUGGAGUGAAGAGUCCACUGGAAUGUUCAGGAAUGAAAGUUGAAACUCAGACAGCCUGCAGUGAAACACCCCAGACAGCUGCAGGUAUCCCUAAUGGUCCACAGAAAAGCAUAAAUAUUCUGCAACAGCCAGAGCAGGGCACAGACAGUCAUGCUGCCAAUGCACAACAAGGCUCAAGAGCAGGAGAGAUGUGCAAAAUGACCCUGCAAAACAUUAAACAGGAACCAAGCGAGGUUCAGUGUGAUGGUGAGGCUGGGGAUCAUGCUGAGGCUAUAAAACGAGAAGCAAUGACCGAUACAGGUGCCUCUGGGAACAACACAGGCUUUAUCAAUGCUGGAAACAUGCCUGGAGACCCUGGGAGUCAAGGCCCUAGAUCUGAAACUGGACAGCAACUUUUACAGAAACUCCUGAGAACAAAAAACCUUCAGCUUAGUGCUCAGAGGCCAUCGGAGGGCAUCCACAAUGAGAUCAAUGGCCACAUAAACAGCAAACUGGCAAUGCUGGAGCAGAAACUUCAAGGAACUCCAAGAAAUAUGGAAGAUUUACAGUCUAUAACUAAAAGGGCUCCUGCACAAAAGCCAAAGCGUAUUAAUAAAGUCGCUGGAGACCGAGGGCCAAACGCACGCAAAAAGAAUAAAAAGGAGGAGGCUGGAAAAAGUGCAGAAGCCCUGAUAAAGCAACUCAAACAGGGACUCUCUCUGCUGCCUCUGAUGGAGCCUUCGAUCACUGCCAGUCUGGAUCUGUUUGCUCCUUUUGGAAGCAGCCCAGCCAAUGGCAAAGCCCAGCUCAAGGGAUGUUUUGGAAAUGCAGUGCUUGACAAUAUCCCAGACUACUACUCUCAGUUACUUACAAAGAGUAAUCUCAGCAACCCACCAACACCUCCGUCGUCCCUGCCACCUACUCCUCCACCUUCAGUACAACAUAAGCUGCUGAAUGGAGUGACACCUGGGGAGGAGAUGUCUGAGGGUCAGAAAGACACAGAGCCAGCAGAAGAACCAAUGGAUUCUGUUACAGAGGAGGUUAAGAGUGUAGACAUCCUAGCAGCUCUCCCCACCCCACCACAUAACCAGAAUGAGGACAUCAGGAUGGAGAGUGAUGAUGAGGAUGCCCCAGAAAGCAUCAUCCCUGCAUCCUCCCCUGAGAGUAACAUAGGGGAUGCAACACCUCGUUUUCCUCACCUACGGGAGCCUAAAGAGGAGGAGACGGAGAGAGCCAUAUCCCCCAUCAUCCCUGUCAUACCUCGCACUGCUAUUCCAGCAUUCCCAGAAAACAAACCAUUUGAAGCAGCUGAUAGCAAGGUCGUGUCUGUGUCCAACCACUGGGACAAGGCUAAAAGCAAUGAGGUGUCUGUUACCUUCAUGCUGACUGCUGCAGCAGCAAAGAAACUGAACCAUGUGAUGAUGGCCAUGACCCAGCUGCUUAAUAUCAGGAUGCCUGGUUCUUAUGAGGUGACUUUCCCUCCACAAAACCCUGACAUACCUGGAGCUGAUGGGCCUGAGAAAGGAGCUGGAGAGUCAGGAGUGCUUUGCACAAAGGACAGUCCUUCACCCAGUCAGGAUGAGUGGUUAAGGCAGUUUGAUGUUUCUCUGCCAGGCUGUACACUGAAGAAACAAGUGGACAUUCUGGCCCUUAUAAAGCAGGAAUUCCCAGAAAAAGAGGACAAACCAGCCCAGCACUGUUACACGACAAAAGUAAAUGACUUGGAUGUGCGGCACCUUCCUGCUAUACCAGUGGAAGAAUCUCCACCUCCAUCACCGUCCCCUCCACACCCUCCCCCUUCUGACCUCGUUCCAACUAUUGAAGCUGAACCUACCCAAAAAUCAGCUUCUCCAUCCCCAGCUCCAUCCAGUCCCACUGGGGUCCAGAUCAAGACUGAGCCUGAACAGAGUGCUGAUCCUCCUGCUGGUGCUGCUUCACCAGCUGAUGUCCCAGACUCUGGUGCUGCUGCUUCUUCUUUUGCUUCUGCUCCAGAAUCAGACACAGAUCUCAAGACUGCCUCUGAAGUUAAAGAUCAAACCGCUUCAGCAGAAGAUCAUCAGAGUCCUAUUAUAAAGGAGGAGGACUCGGCCUCUGAUCCAGUUCAACCUCCUGAAGAUUCUCCUGACAAUAUGGACUCCUCCCCUAGGGCUGUCAAGCAGCGCAGGCCUCUCUCCCCUGAUGAGGAGAUAGUACUUCCCAAAGUAAAAAAAUGGAAGGGGAUUCGCUGGAAGCGUCUUCCCAUUGUCAUUACAAUACGGAAGGGUGGUUCUAAAAAAGAGAACAGCCGUGAGGUGGCUGAGCUGAUGGAACGCCUGCGCAUAACUCUUCGACCGGACAAGCUCCCAAGGGAUAAACGUAAGUGUUGCUUUUGCCACGAGGAGGGUGAUGGAGCAACAGAUGGGCCUGCUAGACUGCUCAACAUUGAUGUGGACCUAUGGGUGCACCUGAACUGUGCCCUGUGGUCUACAGAAGUGUAUGAGACACAGGGUGGUGCCCUUAUCAACGUGGAGGUAGCGCUGCGUCGUGGAUUACGGACUCUUUGUGCUUACUGCCAGAAAACAGGGGCCACCAACAGCUGCAACCGCCUGCGCUGCCCGAAUGUCUACCACUUCGCCUGUGCCAUCAGAGCACGCUGCAUGUUCUUCAAAGACAAAACCAUGCUGUGCACUCAGCACAAGCUGAAGGGCCCCAGUGACGAUGAACUCAUCACGUUUGCUGUUUUACGGCGAGUCUACAUUGAACGGGAUGAAGUGAAGCAGAUCGCCAGCAUCCUACAGCGAGGUGACCGGAUCCAUUUGUUCCGUGUUGGGGGUCUCAUUUUUCAUGCUGUCGGUCAGCUUCUCCCAUCUCAGAUGGCAAACUUUCACUCAUCCACCGCCAUCUUCCCUGUCGGAUAUGAGGCCACACGCAUUUACUGGAGCACACGUCUGCCCAACAAGCGCUGUCGCUACCGCUGCCGCAUCAGCGAGGAUGAUGGUCGGCCGCUGUUUGAGGUGCGAGUUCUGGAGCAGGGCAUGGAGGAUCUGCAUUACCGAGACACCUCCCCAGAGGGGAUCUGGGACCGGGUGGUUCAGCAGGUGGCUACGCUCCGCGAAGAAUCUUCCAUGUUGAAACUGUUCACUGAACAUGUAAAAGGAGAGGAGAUGUACGGCCUCACAGUUCAUGCUGUCAUGCGCAUCACUGAGUCGUUGCCUGGAGUUGAGAACUGUCAGAAUUACCAAUUCCGAUAUGGUCGUCAUCCCCUGAUGGAGCUCCCUCUCAUGAUCAAUCCCACUGGCAGUGCUCGCUCUGAGCCCAAAGUCUCCACACAGUGCAAGAGGCCUCACACUCUAAACAGCACCAGUGUGUCAAAGGCCUACCAGAGCACCUUUACCGGAGAGCUCAACACACCCUACAGCAAACAGUUUGUCCACUCCAAGUCGUCCCAGUAUCGCCGCCUGAAGACUGAGUGGAAGAACAACGUGUAUUUGGCACGAUCACGCAUUCAGGGCCUGGGUCUGUACGCUGCUAAGGAUCUGGAGAAGCACACCAUGGUCAUCGAGUACAUUGGUACCGUUAUCCGCAACGAGGUGGCCAAUCGCAGGGAGAAGAUCUACGAGUCACAGAACCGUGGCAUUUACAUGUUCCGCAUUAACAAUGAACAGGUGAUCGAUGCCACUCUGACAGGUGGCCCAGCUCGCUACGUCAACCAUUCCUGUGCUCCCAAUUGUGUUGCGGAGGUGGUAACAUUUGACAAAGAAGACAAGAUCAUUAUCAUUUCCAGCCGCAGGAUCCCUAAGGGAGAAGAGCUGACCUACGACUACCAGUUUGAUUUUGAAGACGAUCAGCACAAGAUCCCUUGCCAUUGUGGAGCGUGGAAUUGCCGAAAGUGGAUGAACUAAACAGAAGAAAAUUGAGAAUUCUCCUCUCACUGGUGCCAGAAGACUCUCGCGCCAAAGCCUUUGAAUCCUACAUAGCCAGUGCAUAAGCUGAUGUGAAAGACGAGGAGGAAGGUGGGGCCUCCGUCGCUGAAAAAGACUAAAAACGUUGACACCUGUAGCCAAAGGUUUGAAGAGCAUUAAUCAAUAAUAGCAAGCAACCAUUUCCGCCAACAGCAACUUGAUGGUGGCACUAACUUUCAUGUUCAGACUAAAUAAAUCUCCCUCUCCUCAGCCAAACCCCCUCCCCCACGUUUCUCGACUGUUUUCGACAAGCUUACAGCGGCUGGAAAAAAAACAAUCCUCAACAUCUACCAAAUGACCCUCUGAUAUCAAUACUCGACAAAAAGCCAUUUUUAAAACUACUAAGAAUGAACUAAUGCAUUUUUUUAUGUUUCAAGUUGGACCUAUUUCCUGAACACAGCUCCCCCUUCACCUCCCAGAAAAAAGCACUUUCCCAUCAAGUCAUCAAUGAAGACAAACGUAGAUAUUCGGCUAGCUAGACAAUCUCGACGUGGUUCUGCGAAAGAGCUGCAUGUGAUCGAUGGAAAAUAAAUGAAAAAGGUGUAAGUUAAGAUAAAAUUGAAAUUAUUGAUGUGUGGCUCCAGAGGCAGCAGAUGUUCUGACCGUGUGGAGUCCCAAGGUGGGUUGUCGGACCCAGUCUACCUCAUUGAUAUAGCGGGAAGUGACUGCUUUGUAUAAAAACUGUUAACUGCUACUGUGGAACCGGGGGAGGGGGGGUAAUUUUAUGGGCUUCUCGGACAAGCAGGGAAACUUAAGCAGCAGGUUUGCUCUAUCUACUCUAUGCUGAUGAUGAUUUACAAUAUUGAGCCAACAUAAUUAUUAUUCAUGAAUUGUUUAUACAGAGGAAUUAUAUGACAGUUUUGAUAAGAUAUUGCAUUAAAAUCACAAUCAAAAAGCUUAGCGGGUGUCCUGUAUGCCACCAAAUCAUCCUGGAUAUUAAUGUAGCUUUUUCCUUUUUGUUCUUUUUAUUUAUGUGUCUGGAAACCAUAUUUGUUAGCUGUGUGAAAUCACAACAACAUCCACCUUUUUAAUUUGCUUUAACACAACAAUGUGAGUGAAUGGCUCUGUGAUCACAGGACUUUGUAGUUUUUUAAGAUGACUACAAAGUCCAGAAAUAACCAGUUACACAUUUUGCUUCAUUUCUUGAAGUUCCACUUGUUGAAUACCAGACAGUGGACGCAUGACUACUGUCCCAUGAAAUGCUUUUUACUCCCCUCAACGGCUCUUCUCACAACUCAACCUUAAUCUUUAAAUCAUGCCUCUUCCUCUGUAUUCUGUAGUGGACUGUUGUUAAACUUUACUGUAGUAAGUCUUCCUCUGCCUGGGUACAGCCUGCAGUGUUUCUACUUCCCUCUGUAGUGUGCUUUUUUUUCUAGUGCUGGUACUGUCCUCUCCGAGGCUGGACUGAUGGCAGGGAAAGACUUAUUGUAAAAAAGGGCAUUUGUUUUCAUUUCUAUGUAAGAUGAAUGAAAAAAGUCUUUAAAGGGAGCUUUAUUAAAAACUCCACCUUCCCAUACUACUUAGUUUCCUCCUUCUCCUAACCUAAGACCUCACAUGAUUUAAAAAUGCAAAGUUGUACAAACUGUAUAUAUGGUAUAUGCAUUGGGGGGGACAGCAACUCUUUAUUCAGCCCCUUUGUAAUCAAGAAAGUCAAGAGUGUAGAGAAAUUGAAAAAAAUCAACCACUGGAUAUCAUUUUAACAAAGAUAAAGCUGUAUAUAAAUAUAAAUAUAUGUAAAAUGGCAAACUAAUAUCUUUAUGUAUAUGAACCAGAGUGUUUUGCAUUUACCUGUUUUUUCUAUUAGUGUUUUUGCUAUAAGCUCUCAGAGACAAGUUUGUUAAAAUAGGUUUGAGAAAAAUGUCCGUUUCCUCUUGACUCGACUUCGACGAGAGGCCGGUGUGAUUAAAAAACUGCUUGGAUUCAUGUCAGGGGUGGUGGAUUAUUAGAUAUGAAAAUCACUUCAUGAGUACAGCAGUACAUUGGUGCAUAGCAUUUGUAUUUAUGUAAUAUUGUUCGUGUUUAUUUUUCUUUUUAUUUAUGCUACUGCUUGUUGAUUACCAAAACCUGUCCCUUCAUCGGUCACAAUUGGAUUCAUAUACUCUUGAAUGAAAAUCUUGACCUCCCUAGACUAUUGUUAGUGUUCUUGCUUUUUUCUCUCUUCCCUAUAGAAGUGAAUGUGUUGGUAAACCUUGUGAAAUGGUUACUUGGCCUAAUGUAUGUUAUGAUGUAAUACUCAAAGUUAACCCCAUACUUAACCUGGUAAUGAAUUGCACUCGCAUAGUAUAACAGAGAUCUUCUCUAAAGUGGUAGAUAUUGAUCAAGUAUCCGAAGCAGUGAUAUGAUAUAUAUAUAUUUUUUGGUAUGUUUCUAUUUCAAGGGAAGACCAUGACGAGACAUUAUGCCGCUCACUGGAUUUUAGCCUGAAUAAUUUUUAAACCUCUCUGAAUCUUAAUUUAAGUUCUCUGCAUAUCUUAUAAUUUAAUAAAGUUUGCUCAAAAAUUGAAGGUUUUUUUUAACCUCACCUACUUUUUAAAAAGAUGUUGCAUCUGUACAGCAGAGAUACUUUUAGGGAAUAUGAAUAAAUAUAAUGAUCAUUUUUAUUGUAUGUGGCAUGUUUUGUAUGGAUAUUAUUUUGAAUUGUACAUAUUUUUUUCAGGACGCAAGAGGUUGUAUCUCUUUAUAUACAGCUGUCCCACUCCCCUUCCCCUUCAUCUUAUUUCUUU